AUGUCGCUGUGGGACAUUGUAUUCAUAUACUUUUUGGGAGGUAUUACAUUCCUCCCACUAUGUGUGUUAGCUAUGUUCUUUCUGCUUUCAAGUCCCAAAACUGAAUCUAAAGGAGCGAAUGGGACUUAUAAAGUAGAGAAGGUAGAUCUGGUUUGUGAUCCUAAUUUUAAAACUGGAGAUAUAGAGGAACUGAAGGGUGUUGAGGCGACAAAAACUGGAUGGAUCUAUGUUACGAAUAAAUAUUACUAUCACUCUUCUGAAUUACAUGGAAUGUCUAGUGCAGAGAAGGAAGCAUUACCAACUAGGGAUAAAUUGAAAAGAACGAAGAAGUUCUAUGCUAUAUUGAAACAUGGCAAUUUAUUUCUGUGCAAGAGUGAUGCGCAAAAUGCUGACGUUUUCCAGGUCAUUGUGAUGAAGGACACUUUCGUGACUAUGUGGCCUAGAGAUACGAUGUCAGAAAUAUCUGAUGGGAGUCUUUUCAGCAAUAAAACUUGUAUUUCCAUUUUAAAGAAUGGAAAGGCUUUCUUGGAUCAAAAUGAGAAACUGCAUUUUGCGGAGGAGUCUUCUAUAGGACCAACAGACCAAUACUUUGUCUAUGUCCCUAUUAAUGUUGAUAAAGAAGAUUGGUACUUCACAUUGAUCAACGCGUCAAAAAUCAGUCAGACAGAUUCUUUACUAGAUCCCUCGAAAUCUGCUUCAACGGCUCAUUUGAGGACAAAGGAUCUUUUGUCCUUAAUUCAAAUUGUCCACUCUACGGAGGGCCAAUUUUCAACUAAAUGGUUAAAUGCCCUAAUAAAUAGGUUAUUUCUUUCCUUGCAGCAAACUGAAAUGUUGAAUAAUCUACUUAAGGACAAAAUUCAUAAAAAGCUAACUAAGAUCAACAAGCCUGGGUUUUUGGAUGAUUUCCAUAUUGAACACAUUGAUGUGGGCACUUUGGCGCCCAUCAUUACCGACCCAAAGUUAUUAGAAAUGUCACCAGAUGGGACGACUAGGGUUCGGUUUAACUUGCAAUAUAAGGGUAAUCUUUCGCUAAUCAUUUCUACUAAAGUUCAUAUUAACCUUGGCUCCCGUUUUAAGAACAGGAGGGUUACAAUUGAAUUAGCUAUAACUGUCAGACAAAUUGAAGGUCCAUUAAUCAUUUUAGUAAAACCACCACCUUCAAACAGGCUAUGGUAUGCGUUUGAAACAGAACCUUUGUUGAAUAUUGAAGUUGAGCCUGUAGUGAGUACGCGUCAAUUGUCAUACAAUAUGAUAACAAAUGUUAUCAAAUCUAAAUUUAAAGAAGCUCUCAAGGAAUCACUUGUAUUACCUUCUAUGGACGAUAUGGUGUUUUACAGUACUACUGAUGAGAUCUAUCGUGGUGGUAUUUGGCUGAAUAAUACUAAAUCUGAUAAUAACGCACACAGCUCUGAAAACACGGACGAUUAUGCAGAUACAAUUUCCAUCAAUAACCUUGCAAGCAAGGUAGAAGCACCCAGUUCUACAGCUCUUCCUGUCGAAAAGAAUAACUACCACAGUAAUUCACCCGAAAGGAGAUCAUCAGGAAUAUCUCCAAAAUCUUUUUAUGAAGACGACAACUCGGCAACAUCCUAUCGUAAACCACAAGAGGGUCUUCAUUCUAGCGACUCGGAUAGUGCCAGUGAAAAGGAAUCCUUGUCUGGCGUGGGCGAAUACAGCUUGAAGACGAAAACAAUGCAUAGAGUGGGCACUCUAAAAAACAUGAUUAAGGCACGUACUGGUACGGAUAGCACUAUAAGGUCGAUAGAUUCUAAUUCAUCGAUAGAUUCCAGUGGCUCGAAGAAAUAUUUCCAAAGUGGGAUGAAGAAAAUUGGCAGGUGGUAUAAAGAUCAGGUCAAUAAUGCUAGGGAAGUAGUUGCUGAAACUCAAUACGAAAUUUCUCAUAAAAAUGAUACCUUACCUUACGUACCAACGGAAAAUGAAAAGAUUAUCGGUCCUGAAAUGAUAUCGAGUCGAAGAUCGCAGCAAAGACUAAAAUCUCAACCAGAUCAGAAAGACGAAAAUGUCAAAUUGUCAGCGGAAUCUAAUGUGGAUAUGUUUGUAAAUAGGGCAAGAGCGACGUCUUUUGAAGCCCCUAAAUCUCCGAAUAUUCCUUACCAAUUUGAUUCAACAAGCCCUGAAACACCAACUUCAGCUACAUCUGGAAUUUCCAGAAGACAUUCUGUUAAGAUCCAGCUAGAAAGAACGCAAUCUACUGAUUCUCUUCAUUCUGAGGUGAAAUCUAACCCUUCUACGGAAAUCUUAGUAGAGUUAACCGAUACGAAGGACAAUGAUGUUAAAGAAAAUAAUGAUUUGGAGGAAACAGUAUCAGUCGAAAUAGAAGAAGAACAAGAAGAAGGAGAAGAAGGAGAAAUUAUGACCGAAGAUUUUCCUGCAGGGGCUUCAUCUAUCUUGACAAGCGAACUGAAUGCAGCUGGUAUCUUACCUUCCUUAACCGCCGAGAAGUUAGAUCUAGACGAUGAAGAAGGGUACCUGCAUUCUAAUAGUGAACCUUUACCUCCAAGGCCUCCUAAGCUGCCACCUAGACGUAGUAAUUGA